CCUGCCCGACACUGCCAUGACCAUUUACAGCCUACAGGCGGCUUUAUAGUAUGGAUAUCUUCAUUAUGCUCGUCAUCCGUCUGAUGCUGGGAUCCGGUGAUGCACAUGCCUCCUCAGACGGAUUCAUAUUCGAUGUCAGAGGAAGAAAUCAAUUCGGCAGCAAUGCGAAUUUUAACGAGGCAGCGCUGGAGAAGGCUCGACGGUUAUUGCGGAACCGCACUCUCACCGUGGCUACGAUACAGCGGCCUCCAAUGACGAUCUUACAGCUCAACAAGGAAGGAGAUAUCGUCGGAUAUAAAGGAUUCUGCUUUGAGAUGCUGAAAACGCUCAUGCAGAAAUAUGACUUCAAGGUACGGCUGGUUCUCUCUUACGACGGCAACUGGGGGAGUCUGCUGCCGAACAACACCUGGAAUGGCAUGGUCGGCAUGGUCAACAGAACGGAGGUCGACAUGGCCGUGUCCGGCUUCACCAUCAGCCACAUCCGAGAGCAGGGCAUCGACUUCACGGCCGCCUUUCACGAGGAGAGCACGGCGAUCCUGCUGCCGGCGCCCCGGCCGCGCAGCAAGGCGUUCGCGCUCAUCCAGCCCUUCUCCUGGAAGGUGUGGCUCGCACUUUGUGCCGCGGUGGUCGGUGUUACACCCGUUCUGCACCUGAUCAGCCGCGCCGGACCCUGGACGCCAGCGCUCUAUCCUGAUCCACCGGAGGCCAGGCCAACCUACUCGCACAUUCAGUGGUUUAUAUUUGGAGGAAUCAUCGGCCAUGGGGACCGCUGCAUCCCGGCCAGCCUGUCCUCCCGUGUGAUGCUGGCCUUCUGGUGGAGCGCGGCCGUCACCAUCAUGGCUUCGUAUACCGGGACGCUGAUAGCGUCUCUGACCGUGCCGACUGUGGCAGACUCGAUCGAGUCUUUAGAGGAGCUGGCUUUCCAGGACGAAAUCAAAUGGACCUACCGCAUCUACUCGUCCAUGGACAAUCUGUUCAGGUCGUCGGGCUCAGCCGUGUUCCGACAAAUGGCCACUCGGUACGCCGAUAGUAAGGUCACCACAGAUUACGAGGGCGUCGACAAGGUGCUUACCGGCGAGUGGGCCUUCAUCAAGGAGCGUUCUUUCCUGGACUUUGCGCUCGACGAGGACUUUCAGCGUACGGGUCAGUGUCGUCUGCAGAUAGCGGCGCGCGAGUUUUACACAGUGGGAUUCGGCUGGGUGCUGCAGACCGGCAGUCCACUGAAGGAGCUCUUCGACCUCGAGUUUCUCCGUAUGAGCGAGAUGGGCCUGUUCGGCAAGUGGCGCGGCAUGUACUGGCCGGCGCCAUCCAACUGCAGCACGGGCCUCAUCUUCACCGACGUAGGCAGCCAGCCGCUGGCGCUGGCCGACCUCGUCUCGGCGUUCCUGCUGCUCGCGCUGGGCGCUGUGCUGUCCACAGUAGUUCUGGCGGCGGAGAUGAUGUACCGCUCGGCCUGUGCCGGCCGGCGCUGAGGGAGGAGCGGCUGGGACAGUGGGUAGUGAUGAAGCGUCAGUGGGAGAUGGUGCCGCCGAGUGGAGGAUGCUCUGGGUGGUGCGAGGCCGGUAGGCGGGGUUGAUCAAGGUGGAAGGCGAUGCCGAAUUUAGACGGAUGAGAGACGGCGCUGCUAAAACGAAUGAUGGAACGAAUGCUUAAUAAGACGCUGAGGGUUUUUAGAGUUAACAGAUCGAUAUAUAAUAUUUUAUCUGAUAUGCUUUACUCGGUUAGGACUGUUAUGAGGAUAUGCGCAUCGCUUUGGGUUAUCAGCUCCCAAUAAGCACCGUGCGUUCGAAUUAGCGAUGUCUGUGAUAGAGCACCUCGUCUAUCGACACGAAGAGAGUACUUCUGAGUCGUUGGGCCAUAUAAUCGUCUAGUUACGAGACUAUAAUCAGCACCGCUCACCUUAUAUGCUUACGUCAGACGGCGGACAUUGUCAUUGAUCAUCAUAGGUAUGUGUCGCAGUCCUCGAAUAUAUCAACAAGAUAAUAUUAUAGUACCUAUGUAGCUACUAUUCAGAUAAAUAAUUUAUUUUAAAGGGGCAAUAUUUCAGGCAUAUGUCGUUACCAUGGCCUUCUUGUAUGCCGGUGAUAGUGCAGUGCAUGCAUUUCCCUUGUGUUAUUGUGGAAGACAUACCUACUAUGCAAAGCUACGAAGUCCUUGCAGUAUGAGGCCGAAACGUCUUUUUUUCGGUGGUUUAUCUACAUUUCCUUUUAUUGUUUGCACUCCUGAGCAAUA